AUGAACGAUUCUGAUGAAGAUAUUGAUCCACUUAUGGGUCCUAUAGCUGAUCUUAUGGCUGAACAUAAUCUAUCCUCAAAAACAACAACAACAACAACGAAUAUUCAAAAAUCAAUUGAAAUUCUUGAUCAAAAAAUAAAUAUUCUUGAUUAUUUAUCAUUUUUAAAUAUUCAUUUAUUAUUCAAAGAUAUCUUUAAUUAUAUUCUUGAUAUUCAAUGGUACAAUUAUAUGAAAAAAAAUUUUCCAAAAAAUGAACAAGAAAUAUUUUUAAAUCAUUCACAAAUAUAUUCAUCAUUAAAAAAAUUAAUUUUUUUCUUUAUUAUCUAUACAAUAAUAACUUUAUCAUUUCCAUAUAUAUUUCAUAUUAUACUUAUUAUUGAUAUUUUAUAUGUUUUUAUUAUUGAUUUUCUUUUUCCAUAUUAUAUUUAUUAUAAUUGGUUUAAUUGUUUAAAAUCUAUUCAUCGAUUUUUAAAUACAAUUUAUAAUCAUCAACAAUGGUUAAUAAAUAUACAAGGUUUUCAAUUAAUUCGUCCAACAUCAUCAUUAUUUGAAAAUCAAUUAUAUCAAUUUCGUUGUCGAAUAUUUGACGAAUUAAAAAAACAUUUUCUAUAUACACGUCAAAUAGCUCGACAAUAUUCAAUAGAAAAUAAACAAUUAAUAUGUUAUAUUGAUAUUAAUGAAUUUGGUUUAUUAAUAAAUGAAAAAGAUAAUUUUGAUUAUGAUAAAAUAACAAAUCAAUAUGAUCAAACAUUAAUUAAAUCAUUAUUAAAAUUAUGUUAUUUACAAAUAAAUGAAUGUAUUCAAUUAAUACAUAUAAAUCGUCCAAAAUCAUUUUGGAUAUUUUAUAAUUAUAAUAAAUAUUUAUUAAAAUCUAUUAAUAAUAUAAAUAAAAUAAAACAAAAUUGUUCAAUUAUGAUUGAUUAUAUUGAUAAUGAAAAAAUUACAUCAUCAAAAAAAUUAAUAUCAUCAUAUUUUUUACUUCGUUCUAAUUGUGAACAAUUAUUUGAAAUGAAUGAAAAUAAUUAUAUUAAUAAUGAACAAUUAAAACGAAUUAUUCAAGAUCUUAAAACUAUUAUUUAUUUACUUGAAGGUAUACAAAUAAAACCAAUAGAAUUAAUAAAUCAAAUAAAUAAUGAAGAAAUAAUCUCAAAUGAUAAUAAUAAUAAUAAGAAUUCAUCUCAUAUAACAAGUUAUCAUCGUUUUGAUGAUCAAAUAAAAGAAUCUAUUGAUGAAAUUCUUAUAUGUGAUACAGGAAAAUUAAAUGAUGAUAAUAUGAAAGAGAAUAUUUUAGAUAUGGAUGAUUAUGAUAAAAAAAUUUUACGUGAACAAACAAAUUAUCUUAUGAAAGAACUUAAUUUAGCUAUACAAGGAAAAAAACAAGAAUGGAAUGAACGUGAACAACGUUUAUUAGGAAAUAUAGAUGAUAAUAAUGAUGAAAUUCAAGAAGAAAAAAAACAAUUUAUUGAUAAUCAAUCAUUUGAAAAAGUAUCGUCAACAAUAAAUACAAUAUCAAUGUUAGAUGAACUUAAACAUACAUUUGUAUUAAAUAAAAAAAAACUAAAUAUUCAAGAAGAUAUAUUUGGAGAGGAUGAAGAAGAAAAUUUUGCUGAUGAGGACGAUGAAUAA